CCCUACUAUCCCAAGCUUUCCUAAGCAACUCAUCAAAAUUCGAGUGCUUGAUCCAAAAUGAAAGAAUUUAAACCGCUUUGGCAUGACUGCUUUGCAGCCUCUGUAUCUACCAAGCUCGGACAAUGAUCUGAAAUACCUGGCUUCUCAAAGUGAACUAAACUUUCCACCAUCUUAUCCAUCCAUUCAAAGUUCACCAACACUCUAUCAAGUUUUUUCGCUAUUGGGCGAGCAUCUUGCUUGUUUAGCCAAUUGAACCAUGGACAUGUAGCUUGAUGAUCUUGUAACUCUAACUCCAGGAUUCAACUCUCAAAAUCCUUCAUACUAGUGUUGUAAUGUGGAGUAUUUGAUGCUUCAAAAGAACAUCGGAUUACAUUGAAAUCUCCAAAAAUCAUCCAAGGAUUUCCUCGAAUUCUAAGCUUCUUAAUAUCCUCAAACAAUCUUCUUCUAUCCCUGUCUUCAUUUGAUGCAUACACAAAUGUCGCAAAGAAAUGUAUACAGAGCUAAUAAGAACAUGAAUCAACUGAUCAGUAGAGUGCAGAAUUCUGAGGGGUAUGUCCUUUCUCCAAAUCAACCAAAAUUUUCCUAAACCGACAGAGUUGUAAGUAAUCUCAUUUUUUCCAAUCCAAAAACCUCUUAUUCACAAGCUUCUUCUCUUCCUUUCUUCUAAUUCUAGGCUCAAGUAUAGCUAUUAUACUAAGAUUAUAUUUAUUUAUCUUUCUAAGUAAAUCAAAAUACUUACUAUUAGCUAUAAAUCCUUUAGCAUUCCACGUGAGAAUUUUCAUUUCUUCUUCUUCCUACCCUUUCCACCAUUUCCUCCUUUCUUCACCACUUGAAAUGGCUCUUGAGGAUCUUCCACCCAUAUUUUCUUUCCUUUGUCCACCAUAGGAGUCUGGAUAUCCUUGCUGACAGUGGAAAGUUGUCUCUCAUUCCCUCCCCGAGGAGACUGAACCCGAGACCCAUGGGUAUUUUUGCCCAAACCCAAUUAAACCCAUUUUGUAUGGGUAGGGUAUGGAUUUCUUUUAUAUGGGUUUGGAUACUAGUUGGGUAGGUGGAGUUGGAUUUGGAUUUUGUAAUCAAUAUGAAAGCGGAUAUGGGGUUGGCAUGGGAACCCAUCACUUUUGACAUGUUUGUAAAUGUCACGCCCUGUCCCUCCCAAAUGGUUCUGUGUGUAUGUCUCAUGUUUGUAAAUUUAAACAUUAGUCAUGUUUUCACUAUUUCAAUAUGAUGGUUGAGAGAAUACUACCUAAACGUUAGAGAUCUAUCUAGCAUACCUCCAGUGCAUGAAACGUACUAAGUAGUUUUCAUCUAAAAAUUGUAAUCAAUUAAACUUGAUGAUAAUCACCUAGCCACGUCCUAAACUUCUUUCUUGUAACCGCUUAUGGCUCAAUGAGAAGGGAAAAGUCCAUUAGUUCCCAAUGAACGAAAUGUUGGAGGGAAAUCAAGCCUCUUUUGUCCUUUUGCCACACCCCCAUAAUGAAUGAUUUUAUUAAGCAGAAACUAGUGGGUAACAGAGAAGCAAUUUCCCAGACUCCACCUCAUACCUAUGUUAAUUGCCCCACUUCCCAAUUUUCCUUUCAAGGCUACACGUGGAUCAUACUUGCCAGGUUAGGGGUUAAAUAAAUGAAGGGAAAUGGGUUGAUUUAGAGGGAGAAGCAAGAGCUAUGUACCAGGAUCUCAUUCAUUUGUACCCAGUGAGUAGAGAGCAUCAGUUAUUCAAAAAAAAAAAAGAGUAGAGAGCAUCAACUGGCUAUCUCCACCUCUAUCUCUUACUAGCUUCUUGAGUUCUCAAUCUCAGUAGAGAGGAUGGAUGAAAGUUUAACUCCGUCAUUGAUGCUAAACAAACAAAAACAAAUUGUCCCUCAUAUACUCCUCCCAAUUAUACUCAAGGAGGGGUCUUUGAGUGAGAGAUUAGCAAAGCGGUCAAAUUUCUAACGAAGGUAUUGUCCUCUUUUCUUUAAUGAAGUUGUCUGCUAAGGGAAGCAAUUAGGGGUUCUGCAUAUUGAGAUAUAUGUAUAUAUCAAUAUAUGGGUGGGAAGGCAUAUUUAAGUUCAUGCAUGCAGUUGAUAUGGUGAUUCGAUUCUAGCUUAGGGUGGAAACCUUACCAAGAUUAGUGAUAGUGGCGGAAUCAGUCCCACUAUUGGAAAUGAGAUUAAUGUUGGAAUCAAUUUGUGUGUAUGUAUGUAUACCACAAAUAUAUUUAACAUAAGCAUUUCAUGAACAUUAGGGUGUAUAUAUAUAUUUACGAAUGCAAACUAUAUAUAAUUUAAAAAUAAAAAUAAAUGGAGAUAUGGGGUAAGAUAAGUGACAGGAGUGGGAUGUACUAAAAGGAGGUAGUAUUUGAGGUACCUUAAGUUGACAAUUAUACAAGAUUAAGUGGGGGAAGGAAGAGUUAAUUGGAGUGAAGUGAUUAUCUAAUAGUGCUUAUGUGUGCUUGUGAGGCGUGCAUGUAUGGGUUCUAAAAGAAGGUUGUUAGAAAGUUAUGAAUCCAAUUUUAUUAAUUUGGAUAAGUCAAUGAUAAGCAUGUUAGUUAAAUGUAAUGGAUGAUUAGUUAGUGGAGUAUGAGAUGUUAGCUUGAAUAUUCGUAUAUUAAAUAUGUUUGUGAGUGUGUGAAAGGAAAUAGCGUGUACCGGAGGGUCAAAGAAUCCUCUUAAAUAUGUUUGUGAGUGUGUGAAAGGAAAUAGCGUGUACCGGAGGGUCAAAGAAUCCUCUAAUGUGAGAUAUGAGUACACUUUCGAUAAAUAUAAUUGUUAUCUUAAUUGUGAUUAAGGAAACCAUCAGCUCUUGUACUGAAUCUUUUAUACAUCACUUUUCAAAGGAAAAGCGAAGCGGGCAAUCAUUGAAGCGAAACGGAAUAACUUAAUAGCAACUUUACUUUGAGUAAAUUCUAAUCUAAUGUUUAUCUUAAUACGAUUUUGUUAUUUGGGUCAUGAAGCAGCCCGAGGAUAAGGUAUAUGAUGGCUUGGUAAGACAUAACCCAAAUGUGAUUGAAGGUUGCUAUGUUGCAUGGUUACAUGAUUGAAUGAUUCUAUGAUUGGAUGAGGUUACCGUGUCGUGGUAUAAUUGUAUGAUAAUGUGAUGAUAUGACGAAAUGAUUGUAUGAUGGUAUGACCAGAAGGUCAUAAUACAUGCUAUGUGUGUGCUAAAUGAUAUUAUGUGAUGAGUAUUUGAUAUGUUAAAUGCUAUUUGAGGCUGUCAAGUGAAAAGAAUGGCAAGAAAGGUUGUCUAUUAUCAAUUAUACGAGAUGAGAUAAAAUAACCUAUGAGCUAUACAAGUGAAUGUUAUAUGAAAUGGCACACAAGUGAUAUAUUGAGUUGUGACUAACUAUAAGAUUUUGUAUGGUCACCUAAAGCAAACGUAACGACGCCCUGUCAUGCACUCAUUAUAAGUGAAAAGAGGCUUAAAGCCUAAGAGAUAAAAGAGUUAUACGAGAACUCCUUUUAAGGAGUAAUGCCAGGCCUAGCUACGAGUUUAUGAGAUAUGCCACUCUGUGCCCCAUGAGUUUAAGAGUUCAUGAGAUAUGGCACUCUGUGCCCACGAGUUCACGAGUUUAUGAGAUCUGGCACUUUGUGCCAACGAGAUUACGAGUUCACGAGAUCCCGGGGAGUGCAUGACUUGGCAAACUAAGGAAUAAAAGCUACUGAAUCCAGCUAACUAUAUGUGUGUCUGAUUGGAUGCUGAUACAUGGGUGAUUUUGGUUGCCAUAGUUUAUAUAUAGAAUGUGAACCCCUACACGAAAUAUGAAACACAUGAAGGUCGUUCUGUUUUAUAUGUGAUAUAAGGUUAUAUGAGGUAUAUUUUGUGAUAAUCUUUCAUGACGAGUGGUAAAAUGAUUAAUCGGGAAACUGUUCUACAAGUAGUGAUGAUAUGUUGAUUUAAUUAUGAUACUUCCACGAUAUGUUAAUGUGUAUAAUGUUAUGUGUCUAUAAUACAUUCCAUAAUGCGGUGUUGCUAGAAGUGUAAGGAUAUGAUGGAAAACUCUGUAUGGUGUAUAAGAACAAAUAUGAACUAUUUGCAACACCAGGUGGGGUAAAGUAAAGGUGGAAUCCUAAACGAAUCAUCUAUGACAUAUAUGUAAAAGCUCAAAUGAAUGACCCAUAACGUAUAUGUGAAAGAUCGAGUGAACGAGGGAAGAAAUUUCGUAUGAGCAUACAUAAGUGAGACAUAAGUAAAGUCUUUAAGUGAUUAGAUAUACAUCGAAUAUAAUGGACGGAAGACGCUCCGAGUCACAACAUCCUGAUAUCAUUUUCGUAUGAAUAUUUAUAUUAGGUUAUUAUUUACUCAUUGAGUGACGUCUCACCCCAUCAAUAUUUUCCAUGAAUCCAAAUGACAUCAAAGGCUUGGUAGAUUCGUGGAUUGGAUCAGAUUCGUGGAUUGGAUUGGUGGAUCCAUGGAUCCAAUGGAUUGGUGGAUUCAUGGAUUGGAUCCAAUGGAUUGGUGGAUUGAUCCAUGAAUCCAAAUGACAUCAAAGGCUUGGACCAAAAUGUAAAAUUUGAAAAGUUUUGGUAUUAAAAUAUCAUAAUGAAAAAAUUUAGGUACCAAAAUGUAAUCUUCCAAUGAUAUUUGUCGUAUAAAAAUAUAAAUUUUAGGUACCAAAAUAUAAAAUAUAAAAAAUAUAGGUACCAAAUCAUAAUUUGCCUUUUGGAUCCAUGGAUUGAUCCAUGAAUCCACCAAUCCAAUUGGAUUUGGAUCAAAUGGAUUGGAUUAGGUGAAUAAUUUGGUGGAUGGAUUGGAUUGGAUUCAUGGAUUUGGAUCCUAAUUGCCACCUCUACUCUCCACAAAUAUUUCAAUUCAAGGUUAGGGAAUCCGUAAAGAUUUUGCAAGCAAAGGUCUUAUACAAGACAAGUUUUAAAUACAACUUCAUUUUCUAUGCGCUUCAUAUAAAGAUUGUAGGUAAACCAAAAAUAAAUUGGUAAAGGGAAAUAUUAGGAACAAGAAUAUAAGAUAGGGUGUUACAGUAAAUGUUUAUUAUUUAGGUAUUAAAUUGUAAAUUCCGUACAUAAGGCUGGAAAUGUUUGUAACUUUUUAUAACAUUCAGGUACUAAAAAAUAAUUUUUACAUAUAGCACGGGAAUCAUGUUACCGGGCAUCAGAAUCUGCUCCGUCACCGAUCUCCGUCGUUUCGACUACCGCUGGCCGCCACGAUCAUCAUCAAAAGUGAACCGCCGGCAUCGGAAUUGGGAGAUGUCAAUCCUGAGCCUAGCUUCCACGCUCUGCAAACUGUUGGAAAUGUAUAUGAAUAGCUUUGAAAGCUAUAGAGUCUCAAGUGGAAAAACUACCACAUUGGUAGUUUUACUUGGUGAAAUGGGUAUAAAGAUAGGAGCCUCUCUCCUAAGGGCAUGCCCCUUGGGGUGACCCACUUUUGUGGGAGAGGGAGGACCUAACGGACAACCACACACACACGCGCGCGCCGUCCAUCCGUCCGACCGGCCGGUCGGUCGGUCGGUUGGUUGGUUGGUUCACUUGAGACUACAUAUAUAUUUUUUGUAGAAAUUCCGAACGAAAUUAAUUAUCUAAUAAUUAAUUAUUAAUCGGUUAUUCUGAGGAAUAUUCUAAGGAUAAUCGACUGAAAAAUGAAUAUUCGAAGGAUAAUCCCUCCGGGUUUAUCUUAACCGACGGUUUUAAUUAAGGAAGUAAUUAUCUUCCUUAAUUAAUCCAACUUAUUCCCCAAGCAAGAGGGUAUCUUCCUUAAUUAAUGCUCAAUUCUGGAGCUGCUUCUUCUUGGUGGGGUGAUAUUUUGUUGACAGUUUGCUAUGUGCUAAACCGUCUUCCAAAAACAAAUAGAAAAGAAUCACCCUAUGAGAUCUUGAAGAAUAAGCCACCUAAUCUGUCCUGUUUAAGAAUGUGGGGCUGUUUGGCCUACGUAAGAAUUCCGGAUCCUAAGAGGAUUAAAUUGACUAGUCGGGCAUAUGAAUGUGUCUUCGUUGGCUAUGCGGCCAAUAGUAAGGCAUAUAGAUUCUAUGAUUUGAAUGCUCGUACUAUAAUAGAAUCCAUUGAUGCCGAUUUCUUUGAGACACGAUUUCCAUUUAAAACGAGAAAUAGUGGGGGUAAUGUACUACCCGCUAUUAGAGAUAAUGGAACUAGUGGGGGUGUUGGUUCUAAGGAUGAACUCAGAAGAAGUAAAAGAGCUAGAAUCUCUAAAGAUUUUGGUGAUGACUUUACUACAGUAUUCACCCUCGAAGAUCCAAAAAGUUUGCAGGAAGCAUUAACUUCCGUAGAUGCAGAUUUUUGGAAUGAGGCCGUUAUAGAUGAAAUGGAAUCGUUAGAAUCUAAUAAGACUUGGCAUCUAACAGAAUUACCUCCUGGUUGCAAAGUCUAAGGUAAUAAAUGGGUUCUAAAAACGAAAUGGAAACCUGAUGGUGCAAUCGAAAGGUUCCGAGCUCACCUAGUAGUUAAGGGCUACAGGCAGAGAGAGAAUAUAGAUUUCUUCGAUACCUAUUCACCAGUAUCAAGAAUAACAUCCAUUCGUGCAAUGAUUGCUCUUGCUGCCUUGAACAAUCUCGUGGUACACCAAAUGGAUGUUAAGAUCGCUUUUUUGAACGGAGAUCUGGAUGAAGAAAUCUAUAUGGAACAACCAGAAGGGUUUGUUAUCCCCGAACAUGCCUCGAAAGUCUGUAAGUUAGACAAACCAUUAUAUGGUUUGAAACAGGCUCCAAAACAGUGGCAUGAGAAGUUUGACACUCUCGUUCUCUCACAUGGCUUUAAGGUGAAUGAGAGUGACAAGUGUAUUUACUGCAAGUCAGAAAAUAACACUUGCACUAUCAUAUGUUUGUAUGUAGAUGACAUGUUGAUAUUUGGUACAAAUAUUCACGUGGUCAAUGAAGCAAAAGCCAUGUUAAAAGAGAGCUUUGAGGCGAAAGAUCUAGGAGAAGCAAAGUUUAUGCUUGGAAUCCAGAUAACUAGAACAACAAAUAUUUAUUCUCUAGAUCAAUCUAGCUACAUAGAGAAGAUCUUGAAGAAAUAUAACUAUUUCGACUGUAAACCUGCGUGUACUCCGUAUGAUGCUAGUGUAAAGCUAUUUAAGAACACUGGAGACAGUGUAAGACAAUCAGAAUAUGCUAGCAUCAUUGGCAGUCUCCGUUAUGCAGCGGAUUACACUCGACCAAACAUUGCAUAUGUCGUGGGAUUGCUUGGCAGGUUUAACAGCUGUCCUAGUAGAGAGCAUUGGAAUGCUAUAGAGAGGGUCAUGAGAUACCUCAAGAGAACAGCAAACCUUGGUAUACACUAUCAAAGGUUUCCUGCUGUACUAGAAGGGUAUAGUGAUGCGGAUUGGAAUACCCUAUCAGAUGACUCCAAGGCAACCAGCGGGUAUGUUUUUAACAUCGCUAGUGGAGCCGUGUCUUGGAAGUCAAAGAACCAAACUAUCCUAGAUCAAUCAACUAUGGAGUCAGAGAUGAUAGCACUAGCAACGGCUAGUGAAGAAGCAAGUUGGUUGAGAGGAUUGUUGUCAGAGAUUCCCCUAUGGGAAAGGCUGGUCCCUCCGGUAUUGAUCCAUUGUGAUAGUACCGCAGCUAUCGCUAAAGUUGAGAACCGGUUCUAUAACGAAAAGAAACGACAGAUUCGUUGUAAGCACAGUACUGUAAGAGAACUCUAAACGAUAGGAUCAUUGAGGGUGGAUCAUAUAUGAUCCGAACAGAAUCUAGCUGAUCCUUUGACGAAAGAAUUACCUAGAGAGAAAGUCCAGAAUACCGCCAAGGGUAUGGGACUUAUGCCUACCGAACCACGGACUACAAGUGAUGGUAACCCGACCCAAUAGACUGGAGAUCCCAAGAAAUGUGUUCAAUGGGUAAUAACAAGUCAUGAGUAGUAUGCGAAAAGUUCAUGCAUAGUGAAGCAUGAAUCCCAAAGCAAUGGAGGUUGAGUUAAUAACUCUUAAUGAGAUCUAUACCCUAUGUGGGGUGGAGUACUUUACUUUGGGGGUACUCCUGAUAGACUCACCUAUGUGAAUGUGGGAGUGGGGCCGCUCCCUAUGGAACUUUGGAGGCACAAAGUUGCUAGAGCUUUCACUAAACCAAGAUAACGUGCAUGGCCAUAAACGCACGGGCUAAGAAGAGAACACAACUCAAUGAAAAGAUUCGGUGUGCUAUACUGUCUGAGAUAGGGUUCAAGACUACGAGUCACCCUUAUGAAAUCGGAAGUGUAACCACUACGCUAAGGUUCAAAUCUUCGCGAUACCUUAGCUUAUGCCCGAUCUUAUGGAAUUGUUAAUGCUCAGAGAUAGUUUCAAAACUAUUCAAGUGGGGGAUUGUUGGAAAUGUAUAUGAAUAGCUUUGAAAGCUAUAGAGUCUCAAGUGGAAAAACUACCACAUUGGUAGUUUUACUUGGUGAAAUGGGUAUAAAGAUAGGAGCCUCUCUCCUAAGGGCAUGCCCCUUGGGGUGACCCACUUUUGUGGGAGAGGGAGGACCUAACGGACCACCACACACACGCGCGCGCCGUCUGUCCGUCCGACCGGUCGGUCGGUUGGUUGGUUCACUUGAGACUACAUAUAUAUUUUUUGCAGAAAUUCCGAACGAAAUUAAUUAUCUAAUAAUUAAUUAUUAAUCGGUUAUUCUGAGGAAUAUUCUAAGGAUAAUCGACUGAAAAAGGAAUAUUCGAAGGAUAAUCCCUCCGGGUUUAUCUUAACCGACGGUUUUAAUUAAGGAAGUAAUUAUCUUCCUUAAUUAAUCCGACUUAUUCCC